AUGCGACGCCUACUACACACAAAGAACAUCAUGGUGUCAUGUUCUACUCGGAGAGGCGUCUACAUCUCGAUCCUGAACAUCAUCCAGGGCGAUGUUGACCCAACGCAGGUUCACAAGAGCUUGCAGAGGAUCCGUGAGAGGAAGCUGGCCAAGUUCAUUCGCUGGGGGCCAGCGAGUAUUCAGGUUGCCUUGUCCCGGCAGAGCCCAUACCUUCAGCACGCGCACAAGGUGAAUGGCCUCAUGCUGGCAAACCACACCGCCAUCUGCCAGCUCUUCGAUCGUUGCGUGAAGCAGUACGACAAGCUGCGGUCUCGCAACGCCUUCCUGGAAAACUACAGGCAAGAGUCGCUCUUCGCAGAGAGUCUAGACGAGUUCGACCACGCCAAAGAGGUGGUGGUGUCCUUGAGUGACGAGUACAAGGCGGCAGAGGGCGAGGCGGAUCACGGGCCCACGCGGCUCAAAUUCGAGGAUGAUCUCUACAACGUGGUUCAGCUCCGGCCGACUUUCAAGGCGAUGUCCAAGACCAUCUUCUACAGCGGGUUGGUCUCCUACGGAGCCAAGCGCCUGCGCUUGCAGUUUGCUUGCGCACCCCCCGCCGCUGCGAUAGCGGAGGCUCGGACGAAACUGCUCCAGAGUGGUGGCGACAACGUCGAUGCGUGGGUCGAUGUGGAUCCUUCCGGCCAGACGGAUUUCACCGUCGCUUGCACCUGGAAGGGGCAGAGGCACAGCGUAGCCGUGUCGGUCGAAGAGAUGGUAGACUUGGGCAAGGUGGAUAUCGACCUUGAGGUCAUUGGAGGACUGGGCGAACCCAAGAAGCUGGUGGAUGGGACCGGGUGGACCGUGAUUGCCAAGGACGACAAGGUGAAGCUGGUGGCCAUGUUCUUGACAGAAGGCUUGAAGCUCGACUUCGAGGCAGGGCAUCCCAAACUCUAG